UGUAACCAAUUCCAAGUUCGCCCCGCUGUUAAAUCUCUUGUGAGGCUGCUUCUCCCACGCGAAAACUAAAACUAAACCUGUAACGACCGACUUCGGAUCCAACGACGCAAUAAUGAUGGCGUUGCUGACUGAUAGCUCCCGCAACAGUACGUUAUCGCGGGGCACUGCAUAACAAGCUGUAAACAACGAUUCGAGGUAGACACUCUCAAUUGUAACGGAUCCGGGUGUGCACACUCAGUUACAUCAUUCAGCCGUGUCCUUUGAUUCAAAAUAUUGUACAUAUAUCACUGAAAUUCCCGACAAUGGCACCGACUGAAGAGAUUCCGAAUGAGGUGCGUCAGCGAUUGCGCGAGCAUUUCUCCGUCCCCGCCGACGCUUUGAACGAUCGCUGGUCUGCACUCUGGGACAAAGGCGACUUUCUUCCGUGGGACAGGGGAUUGCCCAAUCCAGCUCUGGUCGAUACGCUGGUCGAACGACACGAUCUGUUGGGAUCGCCUCUAGUUGAUGAUCCAGAGACUGGGAAAAAGAGAAGAAAGCGGGCAUUUGUCCCUGGAUGCGGAAGGGGAUACGAUGUCCUGCUGCUGGCGAGCUUUGGAUAUGAUGCCUUUGGAUUGGAGGUGUCUGAAAGUGCGGUAAGGCAAUGUGAAAGAAUUGCGCGCGAGUCUGGUGACAAGUAUCCUGUGCGCGAUGAGGCAGCUGGUGCGGGCACGGCCAAAUUUGUCCUCGGAGACUUUUUUAAGACGGAUUUUGAGCGCGAGACUGGCAGUAAAUUUGAUCUCAUUUAUGAUUACACGUUCUUUUGUGCGCUUCCACCAUCACUACGCCCCGCAUGGGCUCUGCGCCAUUCGCAGCUUCUGGCCCGCCCUGACGGCAAUCUCAUUUGUGUCGAGUUCCCAACGUACAAGGAUCCGUCAACGGGCGGUCCUCCCUUUGGUGUCACUCCGUCUAUAUACAUAGGCCACCUAAGUCAUCCCGGAGAAGACCUCCCGUACUCUGAAGAGGGAUACAUUGCAGAUGUCUCUGCGCGAGGCGCGACCAAAGAAGACUUAGAGCGCGUUGCGCAUUGGAGGCCAAUACGGACACACGAGAUUGGCAAGGAUACUGACUGGGUAAGUGUAUGGCGGCACCGAUGGUAGUUUUGUUUUUUUGCCACCGCUGGAACAGAGUCGAAAAAGUUGAUUUGUCAAUGUAAAUAUGAUGGAAGAAAAAUGAUUCUCUCUGGGUAUCAUACGGAUCAAAGAGACCAUAGGAUGACUCAAAUCAUGACUCUUUCCUCAGAG